CUCCAUCGGAAUAAGCACAACAGAGUUUCAUCUUCACCACCUCUUUCAAUUCUUCUGCAGAAUGCCAAUGGCGGCGCUGAAAACCACUGUAGCUCGUUCUCUUUUCCUCUCCAAAUGCAGACCUCCCUCUUUGCCUCUUUUUAGGCGCCUAUUCUUCAAUUCGUCCACCCUUUCGUCGCCGCGCUCCUCCCCCUUCUCCGCCGCCGAAUUCUCCAAACCACCCUUUUCAUUCUUUCAUCCAACCCGAACAUUCUGCACCUCUGAAUCUCCGCCGCCCAAGAAACGCAACCCCAAAUUGGUGAACUUCUCCCUCCCCUCCGAUUCCGACUCCGAUUCGGAGACCACCACCGCCGCCGCCGCGGCGAAACAAGCCGUCAAACCCAAGCUCCCGCCGCCGUACAACCCGUUCGACAAAAAGCCCGCCGUGGAGGAGCCCGACGACCCGAAGAACCUCCAAGAAGUUUUCGCAAAGAUACGCGAUGACGGCCUCAUAAAUAGUGCAGUCAAGAUGUUCGACGGAUUGUCUCAGGACGGAUUAACCCACGAAGCCCUCGAACUCUUCUCCCAGAUCAAGGACAAGGGCCACAUGCCGGACGUGGUGGCCCACACGGCGGUGAUCGAGGCGUACGUCAACGCGGGCCAGCCGAAAGAGGCCCGCAACGUGUACCUUCGGAUGCUGGCCAGUGGCGUACUGCCCAACGCCUACACUUACGCGGUGGUGGUUAAAGGCCUGGCCGAGAGUGGCGACUCCAAAAUGGUGAAAGAUGCGAAUAGAUACGUUGGGGAGAUGGUGGCGCGCGGGAUUAGGCCGAAUGCUGCGACUGUUGUUGCGGUUUUCGAGGGGAUGUUGGCGGCUGGUUUGGAGGGUGAGGCGGCGGAAACGGCGGAGAUUUUGAAAAAGAAAGGAUUUUUGCCGGAGGAGAGUAAGGUUAGGGAGUUCUUGAAGAAUAAGAGAGGGCCUCUUUAUGGUAAUGUGAUUUGUGUUUUGUAUGGGAAAUGAGAAUUCGAAAGUCGUAUGUUUUUUGCUUUGGUGUUUACUUUGUUUGUUUGAACGGAAACGGUUGGAAUUUUCAUGAGAGAAAUGAAUUUCUAAAGUUAUU